ACUGGGAAAUCAUGUAAGCUAGAGUUUCCAACACAUUCCUAUAUGUAAAAGAUAAAGAAACUAUAGAGUUUUCUACAUUUAUAUGAUUGUGUCAUUGGAAAUUGCAGGGGAUAGAUUCUUUUGGUUAUCAGAUGAACAAUUUGCAAGGGAAACUUUGGCAGGUGUCAACCCCUAUAGCAUCCAAGUGGUCAAGGAGUGGCCCUUGAAAAGUAAAUUAGAUCCCCAAAUCUAUGGUUCACCAGAAUCAGCAAUCACUAGAGAAGUCAUUGAGCCGCAAAUAAUUGGUUAUUGCACAAUUGAAGAGGCUAUUGAACAGAAGAAGUUAUUUAUGUUAGACUACCAUGAUUUAUUCUUACCAUAUGUAAGCAAAGUGAGAGAGAUUAAGGGAACCACAUUAUAUGGAUCACGGACUCUAUUCUUCCUCACUGAACAAGGAACAUUGAAACCAUUAGCUAUUGAGCUCACAAGACCAGCUAUGGAAGGCAAGCCACAAUGGAAGGAGGUCUUCAAACCAUCUUCUCAUUCCUCUUCUCAUCCAACCAAUCUCUGGCUUUGGAGGCUGGCCAAACUUCAUGUUCUUGCCCAAGAUUCAGGUUAUCAUGAACUUGUGAGCCAUUGGUUAAGAACUCAUUGUGCUGUAGAACCCUUCAUCAUUGCAACGCAUAGGCAACUUAGCAUCAUGCAUCCAAUCUACAGAUUACUGCAUCCACACAUGAGAUAUACCAUGGAGAUCAAUUCCCUCGCUCGUGAGGUGCUUAUCAGCGCAAAUGGGGUCAUUGAAAGUUCGUUCACUCCAAGAAAAUAUUCUAUGGAAAUAAGUUCUGUGGCAUAUGAUCAACUUUGGCAGUUUGAUUUGCAAGCACUUCCCAAUGAUCUUAUUUCCAGAGGAAUGGCUGUGGCUGAUCCAAAUGCACCACAUGGCCUAAAGCUAACAAUUGAAGACUACCCUUUUGCCAAUGAUGGUCUUCUUAUAUGGGAUGCCAUCAAAGAAUGGGUAACUGAGUAUGUUAACCAUUACUAUCCAAUCCCAAGCACGGUGGAGUCUGAUCAAGAGCUCCAAGCAUGGUGGACAGAAAUUCGAACAGUGGGUCAUGGAGACAAAGCCAAAGAACAAUGGUGGCCAAAUCUCAAAACACCAAAAGACCUUACAGAGAUCGUUACAACUAUAGCUUGGGUAGCUUCUGCGCAUCAUGCAGCUGUUAACUUUGCCCAAUAUGCUUAUGGAGGCUAUUUCCCUAAUCGACCUACAAUUGCUAGAAAUAACAUUCCUACAGAAGACCCUUCUAAGGAAGAGUUGGAAAAACUGAUAAAUAGCCCUGAGAAAAUAUUUCUGGAGUGUUUACCAUCACAAAUUCAAUCAACCUUGGUGAUGGUUGUUUUGAAUUUGUUAUCGGAUCAUUCUCCAGAUGAGGAGUAUAUUGGACAAUACGUGGAACAAUCAUGGGUUGAGAAUCCAACUAUAAAGUCGGCCUUUGAAAGGUUUAGUACGAAAUUGAAGGAGAUUGAAGGUAUCAUAGACUCAAGAAAUGCAGAUACUAAUUUGAAGAAUAGGAAUGGUGCUGGGGUGGUGCCAUAUGAGCUAAUGAAGCCAUUCUCAGGGCCUGGAGUUACUGGAAAGGGAGUUCCAUAUAGCAUAUCAAUUUGACGAUUGUGCUUCUUAUAUAUAUGCAUAAUAUCCUAUACUAGCUUUAUUUUUUUCACAAAUAAAAAUUAUGAAGCAUUUGGGUGCUUGAACUCGUGUACAAAGCACAACUUUAUACUUGGAGCAGCUAUAUUACAUUUAUACAUAGGUUAAU